AUGGAGCUCACCAUGGAGAAUCUUCACAGCAUCUCCUCGCACUCCCAGGUGGGGGACCUCAUGAGCUCGCGGCCGUCGCCUUCCCCCAGCUCCACUCCACGGAAUCUGGUGUCCCACGCUCCUGGCGCGCGGUCAGCCAUGGUCUCCGGUAUGACCUCGAUCCUGGAGGGCUCCGGCGGGGACUACCGAAGUGAUCCGUCAGCGCUGUCCGGACACCUGCACCCGUCCAUCAGCAUGUGCGAGACCGGGAUGAGCCUUAGCAACACGUACACCACACUGGCCCCGCUGCAGCAUCUACCUCCGAUAUCCACCGUGUCGGAUAAGUUCCACCAUCCGCAUUCACACCACCACGCCGCAGCCCACCAGCGACUCUCCUCCGGGAACGUCAGUGGCAGCUUCACGCUAAUGCGGGACGAUCACCGCGGGCUGGCCCCCAUGGGCAAUCUAUACAAUCACUACCCCAAAGAGAUGUCCGGCAUGGGGCACGGCUCCCUCUCCCCGCUUCCGAGCGGUCUGGGCUCUUUGCACAACCCCCAGCAGCCGCUCUCGUCGUACGGCCCGAGCGCACACCUGUCAGCCGAAGCCAAGAUGCUUUCCCCGGUGUCAGGGUUCGAGUCUCACGCCUCCAUGCUGUCUCGAAGCGAACAGGAGCACCUGGCGAGGAGUUUAGGUGGCCACGGCCACAGCAUGAUAACCAACCUGAACGGCAUGCACCACCACCCGCACGGCCACCUUCACUCUCAGCCCGGCGGCGCCGUGAUGCUUGGAGACCGCGACAGGCACGGCCACGGCAGCGGCCAGGGGGUCGCAGGCUCGGGCAUACAGGCGGAGGAAAUCAACACAAAGGAAGUGGCUCAGAGGAUAACGGCCGAACUGAAGAGAUAUUCCAUCCCGCAGGCCAUAUUCGCCCAGAGGAUCUUGAGCCGGUCACAAGGGACUCUCUCAGACCUGCUCCGAAACCCCAAACCCUGGAGUAAGCUUAAAUCCGGUCGGGAGACCUUUAGGAGGAUGUGGAAGUGGCUGCAGGAGCCAGAGUUCCAGAGGAUGUCUGCCCUGAGGUUGGCGGCAUGUAAACGUAAGGAAGAGGACCGAGGACGGGAGCGCAACCAGGUGCCAAAGAAGCAGCGACUGGUCUUCACAGACCUGCAGCGUCGUACCUUGGUAGCCAUCUUCAGAGAGAACCGCAGGCCCUCCAAGGAGAUGCAGCUCACCAUCUCUCAUCAGCUGGGCCUGGAGCUCUCCACCGUCUCCAACUUCUUCAUGAACUCACGCCGCCGCUGUCCGGACCGUUGGGACGUGGAGGAGCACGGUCACGGGGUACAUGGCCAUGAGCACACUUCUCACAGACAUGGCAAUGCCAACUCCUCUCCCAUCCACCCUGGUACCUCAUCGGUCGCCACUUUCUCCAAGGCCUGAGGGAGAGAUGAGAGGUUGAACACAUUCAUGGAAGACGGAGGGGUUGUUUUUCAUGAAAGCAGUGAGCUACAGAGUGUGUAGUUGUUUGCUUCAGAUCUUAUUCAUCUGCUCAAAGUGCUUGCGACAUAUGCAGAUGAAUCAGAUUAUUUCUUUCAAACUGAAUGUUAAUAUCAGGGGUCAACUGUUCAUACCAAAGAUACCGUAGCUUGAAGCAAGUUGCUGUGUGGCUCACACCAAACCACAUUGUGGGUCUUUGUUUGGUAAAGAGGAUAAUAAUCAAAGCCAAGGCCUUGAGAGGAGGAAGGAGUUAUUUUCAUUUAGGUUUGGUGCUGGUUUGCUUGUUUUCAGGGUGUAAAAAAACCCAAAUAGCCACAAGAUGUUUUUCACAAUCAGACAGCAGAUGUGCCUGCUGGGCCACAAAUCACCACAACUAAUCAUUUCACUAACACACAAUGAAAAGUGUGAGUCAAGUGGUCCCUUGACCUGCGAACCACAUGGCUCCUCAAUACCUUCACCAUUGCAUGUGUGUGUAUCGUGUGUGCAUGCGUGCAACACUUCACAUACUAGCUGAAUGUAAUGAGUCGGCCGGCAAUAACACUGCCACCUGCUGUCUAUUUAAACCACAUCUUCUCGCAUGUUUGUGUCCAGUGAGGUCAGAGCUCCUAACUUGUGCGAGCGUCGCACAGAAACACAGUAAACGAAGUAAACACAAACCAAAGCGCUGACUUAGCAUUAUGCAUGAGUGUCGCUCCGCUAAAACCAAACACACAGAACCAAACUACCGUAUUCACUCAAAUAGUGGCUGCUGGUGUGUUUAUGAGGCAUUUUUCAAGGGAGGAGGAGACACUUUGGCUUCUUACUAUAAAACAAUAUACUGAUAUAAUCAUUUUUUAUGCAAAAUUAAAUAAUGUCAAUUCAUCAAAAUAAUAUAUCUUCUUCUUAAUUUAUUUCAGACAUGCAUACUAUGUUACAUUAUUCUUUCUCACAUAUACACUUACAAUACAAU